UUUCUCCUCCCUGGAGUCCCGCCCUGCAUGGAGAGGCGUUGCUCUCUCGCCCGCCGUCGGCGCGGCUGCUGCGUCCCUUCUUUUUCUCAUUCCUCCUCCUCCUCUCCUCCUCCUCCCGGGGAGCUUUUAAAAGCGCCUGGGUGAGAAGCUGCGCGCCUUUAAGGAGCUCGGACGCCCGGUUCUUGAGGGGCGACGGCAGCGAGACUCGGAAGAGCAGGACGCCAACACAGACGCCAUGGCCUCGCCUGCAACCGCGGAGAAGUAUAUCUUGGGUGUGGACGUGGGCAGCACGGUGAUACGGUGCCAUGUUUACGACAAGGCGGCGGUGCUCAAGGGAGCCAAGGCUAUGCAGGUGGAAGUUGCUCAUCCUCGGCCAGGUUGGGUUGAACUGGAUCCUGAAAGACUGUGGACACAAUUUGUUGAUGUGGUUAAAGAGGCAGUUCAAGCUGCUGGAGUGAAAAUGAAUCAAAUUUCUGCUCUUGGAAUCUCGACACAGCGAGGAACUUUCAUGACGUGGAACAAGAAGACAGGAAAACCUUUUCAUAACUUCAUAAGCUGGCAAGAUGUGAGAGCUGCGGAACUUGCAAAGUCCUGGAACAAAUCUCUUACAAUCAAGACAGUGCAUGCUGUUUGUUCCUUCUAUCACUUUUUCACUCGGAGUGAUCGCUUUUUGCUAGCGAGUUGCCAAAUGUUCUCAACGCAACAUGUCUCUAUAAGACUGGCUUGGAUUUUACAACAUCUACAGGAGGUAGAACAAGCAAUUAAAGAUGGCAAUUGCUGUUUUGGAACCAUUGACACAUGGAUACUAUAUAAACUGACCAAAGGUGAAGUGUAUGCUACAGACUACUCAAAUGCCAGUUCAACUGCACUGUUUGAUACCUUCAAGUUGCAGUGGAGUGCGUUCGUUAGCAAGCUUCUUUCCAUUCCAAUAUCAAUUUUCCCCACAGUGGAGGACACAAGUCAUAAAUUUGGAACAGUUGAUGCUGAGAUAUUUGGAGUGCCUAUUCCAAUAGCAGCUUUGGUGGCAGACCAACAGGCGGCCAUGUUUGGAGAGUGCUGUUUUGAAAGAGGCGAUACUAAGGUCACCAUGGGGACUGGUACGUUUUGGGAUGUUAACACUGGAAGCAAAAUCCACGUAUCUACAAAAGGCUUGUAUCCAGUGGUUGGUUGGAAGAUUGGGAAAGAGGUGAUCUUCUUAACUGAAGGAAAUGCUUCUGAUACUGGGACUUCUAUUAAAUGGGCCCAGAGCUUAGGUCUUUUUACCAAUCCUGAAGAGACAUCAAAAAUAGCCCAGAGUCUAGUAAAUUCAGAAGGCGUUUGUUUUGUUCCAUCUUUUAGUGGAUUGCAGAUCCCAGUGAAUGACCCUUUUGCAUGUACUUCUUUUAUGGGGAUCACAUCUUGCACCACCAAAAAACAUCUUGUUCGAGCUGUGUUGGAAUCUAUAGCUUUCAGAAACAAACAGCUUUAUGAUACCAUCGCAAGAGAGUUGGACAUCCCACCUACGUCCAUUCGAGCUGAUGGAGGUGUCAGUAAAAAUAAUUUUGUAAUGCAGAUGACGUCGGAUCUGAUCAAUAAAACAAUAAACAAGCCUGUUUGUACAGAUAUGUCUUGCCUUGGAGCAGCUUUUCUAGCUGGCCUUGCUGUAGGAUUCUGGAAGGACAGAGAGCAACUGAAACAGCUGAGGCAAACUGAUACAGUUUUUAAGCCUCAAAAGGAGCCGGAGGAAUACGAACCUGCCAUGAGCAACUGGGUGAAAGCUGUUCAACGUUCUCUCAGUUGGUACAGCCAGACAUCAUAGAAACAGGGUUAUUGCAAAAUGUUAAAUUAAUAUUUCAGAUUAUUAUAAUUAUAGGACAAUACAAACACAACUGCAGUUCUGGUUUAGAGUUGAUUUCUGCUUCUUCCGUGAGGUUAAUUAAAACAUACCAGCUGCCCCUGUGGAAGGUGGAAGUAACCACCUUCAAGAGACUGAAUGCCAAAGUUCCCAGGGGGUGACUUCCUGUAAUAGGUCACUAAAUGUGAUGUCAAAGAUACCUGAAUGCAAAAGUCCUGGCUGAUUUUUUGGUUCUUACAUUACUGUUGAUGUUUUACCUUAACGCAAGAAGCUUUUAUGAUAAAGUGGAAAGUAGCAAAAAGCACCUUGUUCUUCCAGACUUGUGAUUUCAUCCAUGCAUUCUGAUCUGCAACCUAGCACAGAAUGUGGCUGUUUGCCCACUGAGAGCUGCCUCGCAGUAAGAGGCACUGAGACAACUAAGCUGAUUGACCUCCGCUUUCAGUGAUGAUCUUCACUUCUUUAUCUGUCCGAAAUUAAAGCCUGGCCACCUGGGAGAGAUCAGCUGAAUUGCCAGAUGAUGUUGGAAAUCAGUUAGCAAUCCCCAUGGUAUAUAGGUAGGUGAGGAAAGGUUUAGGAAUCCCUGUGGCCAAAGGUAGUGAUGCAUUGCUGCUAAUGCAGAUUCUUGGGAAUCCAGAGAGCUCCAGCUUUUAAUUUUUUUAAAAUCCUAUUUAGCUGCUACAUUUAACCAAUUACAGUUGAUGUUUCCAAAUCCAGAGUAGGUCAGGAUUGUCUUCUGUUCUUUUUGGAAGGAAUAGGUCACCACAACUAGAUCUCCCCUUACCCUGUUUAAUUUUCCCUUGUACUCAUCUGUUUUACUUGCAUUGUUUCAAACUCUACUACUGUACAAUGAUUGAUUUCUACCCGCAAAUACAACCUGAAUAAAAAAUAGAUAAGGUAGAGCAUAUGUGAAAUUGUGCUUGGGCAUCUAAUGUUUUUGUCAGCAGCAUUUAAGCCCAAACCCAGUUUAAGAGAAAGCAAACCAACCAAGGGGAUUUUAAAUAGAGUCCAAGGUGUUACCAUAUUCAAAGGGGAAACUCACAGUUCACUUCCAGGUACAAUAAAUUCAUUCAAUAAUUAUAUAGUUGUGUGUAAUGGCAGAAGUCUUUGCACAAGCUACCGCUUCUUGUUACUGGGAAAUUGCACCCACAUUUCAUUAUUGUGUCACUUGGAAAGCAUUUUUCCUCCAGCUAGAAUAUGUAUAUAUAUUUUUUGCAGAUCAACCCUGUAUAAAAUUGUGGCCAAAGAGUUAUGGAUAUCUAUUGGUUAAUGACAAGUCUCAUGCAAUUUUAUGUACCGGUACUCUCUAAAACAUAGGAAGUUGUCUUUCAUUGAGUCAGACUAUUCACCCAUCUAGCUCAGCGCUGCCUACCAUGGCAGGCAAUCCCUCUGCGGGGUUAUAGACAGGAGCCCUUCCAAGCCCUAACUGGGAAUGUUGGGGAUAGAACCUGGGACAUCCUGCAGUGAAAGCAGAUGCCCUACCAUUGAGUGAUGACCCUUCUAAAGUGUUUUUGUUUGGUUUUUAUUUUGGGGUGGCAAAGUAAAAUGAAUUUCUGGCAGAAUUCUUUCUAGGGCCAGGAAAAUGAGUUGGAGGGCCACCCCAAGGGUCAUCUAGUCCAAUCCCCUACAAUGCAGGAAUCUCAACGACAGCAUCCAUGACAUAUUUUGGCACUUGAGGCCAACAACAGAAAGGCACCCCCCACCUCCCCCACUAGGGAAGAAAGGGCAAGUGAAGAUCUACAUCAGGAACAAAGGCGGGGGAAAUAAAGCUAUACAUCAGGAUCUGCUGCCCCUAGGGAUCCUGCCGCCUGAGGCGGUCACCUCACCUUGCCUCAUGGGUGGGCUGGCACUGGCUUUCAGGUGUGCAAAGGGGAUCUCCAAGCUCAGUAUACUCUGCAUAAAGCAUUGUUGUUGUUGUUUAGUCGUUUAGUCGUGUCCGACUCUUCGUGACCCCAUGGACCAUAGCACACCAGGCACUCCUGUCUUCCACUGCCUCCCGCAGUUUGGUCAAACUCAUGUUUGUAGCUUCAAGAACACUGUCCAGCCAUCUCGUCCUCUGUCGCCCCCUUCUCCUUGUGCCUUCAAUCUUUCCCAACAUCAGGGUCUUUUCCAGGGAGUCUUCUCUUCUCAUGAGGUGGCCAGAGUAUUGGAGCCUCAGCUUCAGGAUCUGUCCUUCCAGUGAGCACUCAGGGCUGAUUUCCUUCAGAAUGGAUAGGUUUGAUCUUCUUGCAGUCCAUGGGACUCUCAAGAGUCUCCUCCAGCACCAAAAUUACUUACACAUAUUCCAUCCAGGUGAGCUGGGCUGCUGGACUGAUGCAACUUUGAUUCUGAAAGUCAACUCUCCUUUUCAUCACUCUCAAGAACUUAUCCUUUCCUUCACCUCCUACGCAAGCCUUCCCAUCCCUUAGGACAGGCACAACAUAAGUUUGAAUGUGAGGAGGGCACUUUGAUCUUCAAAGGCAUUCAGACAAAUAAACACUAUGUCCUUCCAAACCUACCAUACAAAUUAAAAUCACAUGAUCCAUGCUAGUUCUGCACGAUAGUGACCAACUUUUCAUUCUAGUUAGGGAAGAAUUCUGGUUUAUCCUGCCAUUUGUCACCAUGCAAUGGUCUUAAGUGCCUGAAUGAGAAUGGGGUUCAAACUGGAAAUUUUCUGUGACAAUCUGUACUAAUUUUUUUUUAUCUGCCCAGAGCCAGGGCAACUUGUGAACUGUGUUGUGUAUUUGUAAAAGGUUUUAUUUUUAUAUUGGUCAGUUUCAGGUGUGCACUUGUUCCUUAUUAUGGACUAUUAUACAUGGGUUAACAUGACUUUGUGUGUGUGUCUAUACCUGGCAUCCCCAAACUUCGGCCCUCCAGAUUUUUCGACUACAAUUCCCAUCUUCCCCAACCACUGGUCCUGUUAGCUAGGGAUCAUGGGAGUUGUAGGCCAAAAUAUUUGGAGGGCCGCAGUUUGGGGAUGCCUGGUCUAUACACAUUUGAGAAACCCAGACUAUGCAAUAUGUGUGCACAAGAACUGAAGGUUUAUGGAAUAUUUCUUCAUAUUGUAGGCUAGUUCUAUGGCAGAAUGUUUACUUAUAAACUGUUACUCAGCUGACUGUCUCUACCUUGCAGAGAUACUAAUAGAUUUCUAAUUCAUUAAUAAAAUCUUACUGCUCUGAAAAA